AGAGCCACGUAUUGUCUUCCCAACCACAUCCAAUAUCGGAUUCUCACCCCUUUAUUUCCCAAUUUCAAUUGCUUCCCUUAGCCCAUUUCUCUACUCCACACCGACCCAGAGCAUUAACCAAUCUCAUUUUGGUUCCUUUUUUCCUCUGUUGUUCAUCCUAGCCUCCCACUUUCAAAGUGCAGAUGGCAGCAUCAUCAGCUUGCCUGCUAGGGAAUGGUCUGUCUACUCACAGAACAAAAUCAAAGUUGUGCAGAGACUUCUAUGGAAAGCAUUUUGUAUUUACCCCCAGCAUCUCAACGUUGGGUAGGAGAUCAAAUUGUGUCCUUGUAAAGGCAUCGUUAAAACCUAAACAGCAUGAAGGAAGAAGGGAAUUCUUACUGUCGUUACUUGGAAGUGCUGGAAUUGGAGUUCCAGCUUUACUAGGAAAUGGGAAAGCAUAUGCCGGUGAACAAGGGGUUUCUUCCUCAAGAAUGUCCUACUCUAGGUUUUUGGAGUAUUUGGACAAGGACAGGGUUAAAAAGGUGGAUUUGUAUGAAAAUGGCACGAUAGCUAUCGUGGAGGCCGUCUCCCCCGAGUUGGGAAACCGUGUUCAACGAGUUCGUGUGCAGCUUCCAGGAUUCAGCCAAGAGCUUCUUCAGAAGUUUAGGGAAAAGAACAUUGACUUCGCUGCCCAUAAUGCUCAAGAAGAAUCUGGUUCACUGUUAUUUAACUUAAUUGGCAAUCUCGCAUUCCCACUAAUCUUGAUUGGAGGGUUGUUCCUUCUUUCGAGGAGAUCAUCUGGAGGAAUGGGUGGCCCGGGUGGUCCUGGCUUCCCUCUUGCCUUUGGUCAAUCAAAAGCAAAGUUUCAGAUGGAGCCUAACACUGGAGUGACAUUUGAUGAUGUUGCUGGAGUUGAUGAAGCGAAGCAGGACUUCAUGGAGGUUGUCGAGUUCUUGAAGAAGCCAGAGAGGUUUACUGCAGUCGGGGCUCGCAUCCCUAAAGGUGUUCUUCUCAUUGGCCCUCCUGGAACUGGAAAGACUCUUCUUGCCAAGGCAAUUGCCGGUGAAGCUGGCGUGCCAUUCUUCUCCAUUUCAGGUUCUGAGUUCGUUGAAAUGUUUGUUGGUGUCGGUGCCUCUCGAGUUCGUGAUCUUUUUAAGAAGGCCAAGGAGAAUGCCCCAUGUAUUGUCUUUGUGGAUGAAAUUGAUGCUGUUGGACGACAAAGAGGAACUGGUAUUGGUGGAGGGAAUGAUGAGAGGGAGCAAACUCUUAAUCAGCUUUUGACUGAAAUGGAUGGUUUUGAGGGUAACACGGGUAUUAUCGUAAUUGCCGCAACUAACAGGGCUGACAUUCUUGAUUCUGCCUUGUUGAGGCCAGGACGGUUUGAUAGACAGGUCACUGUUGAUGUUCCGGAUAUCAGAGGCAGAACAGAGAUAUUAAAGGUUCAUGGUAGCAAUAAGAAGUUUGAUGCUGAUGUAUCAUUUGAUGUUAUAGCCAUGAGAACACCUGGUUUUAGUGGAGCAGAUCUUGCAAAUCUGUUAAACGAAGCUGCUAUAUUGGCUGGCCGACGUGGCAAGACUGCUAUUUCAUCUAAAGAAAUUGAUGAUUCAAUUGAUAGGAUUGUGGCCGGAAUGGAGGGAACAGUUAUGACAGAUGGAAAGAGCAAAAGCUUAGUUGCAUACCAUGAGGUUGGCCAUGCUAUAUGUGGAACUUUGACACCAGGUCAUGAUGCUGUUCAAAAGGUCACCUUAGUUCCUCGUGGCCAGGCACGUGGUCUUACCUGGUUCAUUCCUUCAGAUGACCCCACCCUGAUCUCGAAGCAGCAACUCUUUGCAAGAAUUGUUGGUGGACUCGGUGGCAGGGCAGCAGAAGAAGUCAUCUUUGGUGAGCCCGAGGUGACAACCGGUGCAGCUGGUGACUUGCAGCAGAUUACUGGUUUGGCUAAACAGAUGGUGGUGACAUUUGGAAUGUCUGAAAUUGGUCCAUGGUCUCUUAUGGACUCAUCAGCCCAGAGUGCAGAUGUCAUCAUGAGAAUGAUGGCAAGAAACUCAAUGUCUGAAAAACUUGCAGAAGAUAUCGACGCUGCUGUGAAGAGGUUAUCAGACAGCGCUUAUGAGAUUGCAUUGAAUCACAUAAGGAACAACCGUGAAGCCAUUGACAAGAUCGUCGAAGUCCUCCUCGAGAAGGAAACAAUGAGCGGGGACGAAUUCAGGGCAAUCCUUUCAGAAUUUGUUGAAAUCCCAGCCGAAAAUCGGGUCCCUCCAUCGGUACCCUCUCCGGUCUCUGUUUAAGCAGAAUCUUGACAAGUUGUACAAGUAAUUCGCUCUGUAUGCAACACAGUAUCGUUUGAAUUUUAUACUGUGUAAUCUUCCAUUAUACGUAAGUAACUAGAAAUUGUACACUGAUUUGAAUUUCUGAAUGAGAAAAUGGAAUAGUUCUUGAGAGC